GAGAGAGAGAGAGAGAGAGAGAUGGCUUUUCAGAGGAGGCGGCACCACGAGAGAAUGGUGACGGCGGCGAGAAUGUCUGGGAUGACGGCGAUAUCGGCUGCGGCGUUGUUUAUAUUCAUGGUAUUGGCAUUCCUGACGGUGCUGGCGCCGCCGCUUGUGGACCAGCCGGCGUUUCCCAACCCGCCGGAGCACUCGCGGAGGGCGAGGCGCUCCUCGAUGCUGCUGGAGAAUCCUAUGGAGAUGAAGGGGAAGGUGUCGGGUGGCGAGAUUUUUCGCGUGCCGAACGGAGGCGAUAUGCAGGGGAGUGAUAUCUGGGAAUCGAAAGGAUCGAGAUACUUCUAUGGGUGUAGCAAUGCGAGCAAGGAGUUUGAGAAAGCUGAUGCGAUCAUUUAUCCGGAUAGGUAUCUGAUGAUUUCAACAAGUGGCGGGUUAAACCAACAGAGAACAGGGAUUACUGAUGCUGUUGUUGCCGCUCGAAUAUUGAAUGCUACCCUUGUUGUUCCUACGCUGGACCAAAUGUCAUUCUGGAAGGAUGCAAGCAAUUUCACUGAAGUAUUUGAUGUUGAAUGGUUCAUCUCAUCUCUCUCAAAAGACGUCAAGAUAGUAAAAGAGCUCCCAAGCAAGGGAGGUAAAGUUAUUGCUACUCCUUAUAGAAUGCGAGUUCCAAGGAAAUGCACUCCAAGAUGCUAUCAAAAUCGUGUUUUUCCUGCUCUUCUUAAAAAACGUGUGGUUCAGCUGACAAAGUUUGAUUACAGGCUUUCAAAUAAGUUGGAAAAUGACCUUCAGAAACUGCGUUGUAGAGUUAACUAUCAUGCUCUGAGAUUCACUGAUCCAAUACGAAAGAUGGGUGAAACGUUGAUAAAGAGAAUGAAAUCAAAGAGUAAGCAUUUCAUUGCUCUUCACCUUAGAUUUGAACCCGACAUGCUUGCCUUUUCUGGUUGCUAUUAUGGUGGGGGUGAUAAGGAAAGAUUGGAAUUAGGCACCAUACGGAAGAGGUGGAAAAAUUUACACGAAAGCAACCCAGAUAAGGAACGCAGGCAGGGUAGGUGUCCGCUUACUCCAGAAGAGGUAGGCCUCAUGCUGAGGGCAUUAGGUUUUGGAAAUGAUGUUCACAUCUAUGUAGCAUCUGGAGAAGUAUAUGGAGGGGAGGAAACACUGGCGCCUCUUAAGGCACUCUUCCCUAACUUCCAUUCCAAAGACACAUUAGCAAGCAAGGAGGAGCUUUCACCAUUUUUGCCAUUUUCAUCACGCAUGGCAGCUCUUGAUUACAUUGUCUGCGAUGAAAGUGAUGUAUUUGUUACCAAUAACAACGGCAACAUGGCAAAAAUGUUAGCUGGAAGAAGGAGGUAUUUUGGGCACAAAAGGACCAUUCGACCUAAUGCGAAAAAGCUUUACUCUCUGUGUCAGAAUAGAACCAGUUUGACUUGGGAUGUGUUUGCAUCGAAGAUCCGCACAUUUCAGAAAGGAUUUAUGGGAGAGCCCAAUGAGAUUAGACCUGGAAGAGGUGAAUUUCAUGAAAACCCUUCAACCUGCAUAUGUGAAACUAAGAGCGAAGCUGGUUUUUCUGCCCAAGUCCAGCAGAGAGUGGAAAUCAAAGAUGGAAGGGAUAAUUUAAGCAGAAGUGAGGCUUUAUCAGGUUCUGAUGAGCAAGACUGGGGUGACUGGGAUUAUGGAGAAACAGUACCGGUAGGAAAAGCUUUACCCAACAGAACAGCCGUGGAUUAUGAUCAUUUUCUCAAGAAUGAAGACACAGAUUUGGAAGAGUUCUCUGAUUAAUUGAGUUCUUUUUUUUGCUUCAGCCAUUCUUUCUUUUUAUUUCCGAGAAAUUAUUAGGUUCGGACACCAGACAGAGAGAAACACCUAGAUUUUUCUCUGUCUACAGGAAAAGCAUAGUCAAAGCGCCGCUCUAGCAGCUGCGCUUUGAGCUG